AGCUGACCCGGUACUGCCGAGCACGGUUCACCUCCGCACGAAUGUGGUGCAGAGCAUACAUCACAACUGGUGUUUGCACGGCUCCAAUAACAAGACCUACCUCUGCGUCUUUAUGUACUUCAGCUGGCCACGGUUGCAGGACACUGUCGACGAAGUCCUCGCUACGUGUGUAGACUGCCAGAUGUUGCACCGCAAGGAGGCAGAGCUGCGCAACUACGGCUUCGCCCCUCCACGGCGAGAGAUCUUCAGAUCCUACGUGAUCGACCACAUCACGGACUUACCGGACGCAGGCGGAUUCACGUGCAUCCUCCGGGUUGUCGAGGAGCUCAUCGACUACAUCUGGCUCAUCCCCGUUGCGUCCACCAGCCAUGAGGAAACAUGGAAUGCACUCGAGACACGAGUUUGGGCAGAAGUAGGCUGGCCGCUCAGAGUAAAAGGCGACGGCUUCUUCCGAGAAAUGAAGCUACGCUUCGCGCGCCGUGGUGUUCACCUCGCCAUUGGUCUCAAAGGAAACGCGCGUGGACAGUGGCAGGCAGAAAGACCAAACCGCGACGACACGCCGUCUAUCCUCAAGACCUGCUGGAGAGCAAAAAGCAGCUGGCCGAGACUAUGCGGGAUGUUGCAGCUUCUCAGUCGCAACACACCACGCCCACGACUCGGAAACAAGAGUCCAGCGGAGUACGCCACUGGACAAAAGCUCCUCUUCCCAAACGGUCAGCUCGCAGACGCACUCAACCAACCGGAGACCAACGUAUCGGCCGCUGCUGCAGCAGAUAUUCUUGCGGAGCUCGACGACAUGCGAAAGGGACUCGCAGCACGACACGAGGACCAGCACCGCGACGCGACACAGCAAGCACUCGCACGUCGAGGCGCGUUGAGCCACACGGAUAUCGCUGUCGGGGAUCUAGUCGUCGAGCGCAGUGCCCACAAGAGCAAAAGGGCACUUGAGUACGGACCAGACCGCGAGGCGGUUUUUCAAGUCACGGACGUCAUCCAAGGUGGCAUGUUGAAGAUCGUUGACACCCGCAAGAUGAAGCAUCUCAUCGACGGCGAGAUGGUAACAGUCAACGACGACACAGACCAGCAGGGCCUUUUGGGUGAUGCAGCAGAUGACAUCCCAGAAAAGACAGUAGCAGCACGGUUCUACAUCAAGUGUCACACGCCUCGCACGCUAGUCAUCUUCGACCAGCCAAAGCUGCUGAUGGACGGGGCGCAUGAAUGUUGGGGAGUGAACCUGCUAACUGGCAAGUUCAUAGUACGCGAAGCAGUCGAUGCAGCAAUCGACAACAGCAAGAAAAGAGCCAAGGUGAAGCGAAAGUACGUUUACCGGGAGACCCUUCUUCCGCAAGAAGCUUACAAGCCGCCUUUCUUUUCUGUUUUGGAUUUCUAAAAAAAGACAGUGACUCAUCUUGCCGAGCUUGCGGCAACAGUGAUUCAUCUUGCCGAGCCUGCGGCAAUGCAGAACCCGUUAUCCUUCCCCCAACGGAUUCAGAUCGUGUAAUAACCGAGUUUCAAGAUUUCAAAGCCGGCUCUUUUCGACACGAACACGCCACAAAGAAAACGAAAACCCCCGAAGCGAGACCGCUUAUAAAAGGUGAUCUCAAGGUUAGUUUUUCCACACUUCGCAGAUGCUCUUACUGUGCAGAAACUGCUACAGGUAUUCCUUUCCAAGCAUCGGAUGCGAGUUUCAAGACUGAAGUUGCAUAUUAUCGGAAGUCGAUCCAAUUUGCGAAAGUUUUCUACGAUGUAGCAGCUAACCUUCUCGAGUUUCAAGACCGGCGUGCCCGUUAUCAGAAGCGACCCGAGUCGAGCAAAAAGCAACAAGAGCUGAAGCACAUUCAGCGUUUUUACCUUCAAGUUCAGCGGAGCAAGCAGUGAAUCCGCAACCUUUACAGAACGAGUUUUUCGGCAACGCAGGAAUUAGCUCAACAAGUACAAACUUCAACUUCUACAGCCGAUGGCGAGCAAGCGCCAUCAAGUAAGGUCUUCGCAACACGGGUGCAUUUGCCAAAAGACAGCCCGCGCACGCUUCCCAAGACGGAAGCAAAAGCAAAGCUGCUGAGCAAAUACAGCCGAAGCCAGUCUUCUCAUAAGCUCGCAGCAGUCAGCCCUGUUUUCUUUUCAGCAGCUAAAGCAGUUUUCUUCUCCAGCCCUUGUGGGACAAGGCCAACAAGACAAAGUAGAUCGCCAAGCACGUCUUCUACUUCUUUUCUCUCUUUUCCGCUCCCGUUGGCACGAAGCUAAGCAGCCUGCUGGCCUAAAAAAAGUGGCAGCGGGGGGAUGUACGUGCGAGGAGCACGACAGCACGGCUGUGACUUGCAGCAUAUAGUCUGUUAUAGAUCCAUGCGAAAGAACAUUCAGAAUCAUGAAUCAAGUCGGUUUCCUUUCUUCCUUGUGACUGUUUGACAGAGUUCCCAAGACAAUACAGGACGAAGAUCCUUUGAGCUUGAAUAAAGGUUACGACUUGAAACAAGAAGCAUCAAGACAGAGCUUAAGUGAAGAAGCAUAAGGCUCCAACACGAGAAGCACAAGACACGAGCGAUUCUAAGAGAAUCAGGACGAGACUCCUUCUUGAGACAAAUCCUCCUGAACGAAUAAUCAUGGAUGAGAAUUUGACGGACGUUUAGACUUAGUUGACUUGGACAGAAAGAAAGUUUGGCUAAGUUUUGUACAAGUUACAGUUUGAGUCGCUAGUCGACGACAGUGCAGCGCACUGGGCAAAACAACAAC